UUACUUCCUCACAAACCUCUGCUGAGGCUGUGGCCACAUGCGACCCAGGCAGGAGCCACAGCCCCCAGGCAACACCCCCGGCCCCCUCGCAGAUCCUCCCGUGCGUUAACCCCCACGCAGGACGCGGAAAUGUGUGUUUUUGUGCGGGGAGAGCGGCGGCGGGGCUCAUCAUGAGGGACGCGCGCCGGCGGAUUCACGCACUGACGCGGACGGACCGCUUCUCCUCCAGGACUUUUGCAGGGAUCGCGGGUCGCGGGGAGAGCUGGGGACCAGGAGCAGAGGAAUGAGCAGGCGUCCAGCCCGGGCAUCAGCUGUGCAGCUCCCCACCGCGAUCCCCCGCCAGGCUGGCUGUGGCUGAGGUGGAGUAGGAUCUGUAGCUGGAGGAAGAGAACCCCCCGGAGGACAGCAUGACGGUCCAUCACGGCACGCUGUUCUGCCUGGGCGUGAUCCUGAUGACUGUCGGGGGGGUCAUGGUCUUUGGGCUGGGCACCUUGCAUUCAGUCCCCCUGUUUCUGCUUGGGAUAUUCCUGGGCCUGGGGGGCGUGGGCCUGCUGAUCAGUGGACUGUGCAUGGCCAUGAAGAAUCUCCAGGCGGCAGUGCCGGGACACUUCCUCCUGCACCCCCGCACCGGGACGCGCUUCAACCCGCAGCAGGCCGUGGCCAUACAAAGGAGGCUGGACCGAAUCCGUCGAGAGAUGUCGGCCGACUCCGUCAGCAGCUCUCCGGAGCCCGAGCCGUCCCUGCCGUCCACCCCGCCGCCCUGGACCAUGGAGCCGCCCCCGUCCUACGACACGGUGAUGAAGAGCCAGGACCCCAGCGAGCAGCUUUAACCUCUGUGGGACGUCCCUCCCUCACGACGGUGCCUUUGGUCUCCAGCCCCCAGCCUUACACGACCCUCCCGUGCUGCCAGUGGCCUCGCUGCAGCGAGACCUGCUGCCUCCAGACUCACACGGAUGUGAAGAGCAACAAUCAAAACCCCGUUCUGCUCAGGCUCCCCUGCGUGAGACUCCACCACCAAAGAAAGAAAGAGGAUCACGGAAGAGAAAGCACUUAUUUGAAUGCAGAGACUGAAUGCCUUUUUUGAAAAAUACGGUUUUAAUCCUUCAGGUUUGAUCGUUUUAUACACCAUCCUCUUGUCAUUAAGCUAGAAGUUUGCUUAGGUUUAGUUACGUCUGUGUGGCACACUGCUGAAAACAGCUACUACUUUUUCCUCAUCACGGCUGCAACUAACAACUGUUCACUGAUCCGUCAGUAAUUUUAUUGGUUUUAGUCAACAAACAACAACAAUUUAUUGUACAAUGCUUUUUAAUGUUUUUAAAUAAAUAAACAGUCCGGUUUUAUCUGGUAAUUCUUGGCUGAAAAGACUAAAAUCACUUCAAUUUGAAAUAUGAACCACUGACGUUAAAACGAAAAUGCUACAAGCUAUGAAUGCUGUAUUUGAAAGGUUAUUGCUGAAAUAUCUGGUUUGAGGAAAUAAAGGAUUCACUUUUA